ACGACGCGACCGAGGAGGGUCUACCUGGUCGACUUCGCGUGCUACAAGCCCGGGGAGGAGGCGAUGUGUAGCAAGGAGAUGUUCAUGGACCGGUCGAGGCGGGCAGCGUGCUUCACGGAGGAGAAUCUCGAGUUCCAGAGGAAGAUUCUAGAGAGGUCGGGGCUCGGGGAGAAGACCUACUUCCCCGAGGCACUGCUGAGGGUCCCGGCCAACCCGUGCAUGGCGGAGGCGAGGAAGGAGGCGGAGAUGGUUAUGUCUGGGGCCAUUGAUGAGCUCUUGCAGAAGACCGGUGUGAAGGCGAAGGAGAUUGGGAUACUUAUUGUAAAUUGUAGUUUGUUUAAUCCGACGCCGUCGUUGUCGGCCAUGGUUGUGAAUCGUUACAAGAUGAGGGGGAAUGUGUUGAGCUAUAAUCUUGGUGGGAUGGGAUGUAGUGCUGGAUUGAUCUCCAUUGAUCUUGCCAAAGUGAACCCGAACUCAUACGCGCUAGUCGUAAGCAUGGAGAACAUCACCCUAAACUGGUACUUCGGCAACAACCGUUCGAUGCUCGUCUCGAACUGCAUCUUCCGGAUGGGCGGGGCGGCCAUCCUCCUCUCCAACCGCCCCGCGGACCGACCCCGCGCCAAGUACCAGCUCAUCCACACCGUCCGCACCCACAAGGGCGCGGACGACAAGAGCUACGGCUGCGUCUUCCAGGAGGAGGACGACGCCAAGCACGUCGGCGUCGCCCUCUCCAAGGACCUCAUGGCCGUCGCCGGCGAAGCCCUAAAAACCAACAUCACCACCCUGGGCCCACUCGUCCUCCCCAUGUCCGAACAACUCCUCUUCCUAGUCACACUUGUCGCUAGAAAAGUCUUCAAGAUGGAAAUCAAGCCAUACAUCCCCGAUUUCAAGCUAGCAUUCGAGCACUUCUGCAUCCACGCCGGCGGCCGGGCGGUGCUGGACGAGCUCGAGAAGAAUCUCGAUUUAACUCAGUGGCACAUGGAGCCUUCUAGAAUGACGUUGUAUAGGUUCGGGAACACUUCGAGCAGCUCGCUGUGGUACGAGCGGGCCCUACACGGAGGCGAAGGGGAGGACCCGGAAGGGGACCGGACGUGGCAGAUUAGGUUGGUCGGAUUCAGUGCAACAGCGCGGUGGAAGGCGCUGAGGACCGUUGAUCCGGCGAAGGAGAAGAAUCCAUGGAUGGAUGAGAUUAAUGAUUUUCCGGUUGAGGUGCCUAGGGUUGUUGCAAUUAAUUAGAAUUGGUCAAUUGAUCAAUUUACAAAUUCAUUUU